AUGACGUCCGAAGGUUCCUCCGCUCCACAAUAUACGCCUCCUGGCUCUCCGCCAUCCCCGUCUGCAUCCUUUUUUGAUGUUAGCGACGAUGAAGAAGGGGACUAUAAUACCAUCUCACACACAUCCUCCACGAGAGGCGUGAAACUGCUUUUCUCUAAAAGCAAGGUUUAUGUACAUCCGACGCCAUCUGCAAAAGAUAAUAUUCCGGGUUUCAUAGCUCUCGUUCAGCAAAAGCCUCCCUCAUCUGAGCGCCGACCGUCUUCCUCGUCCUCGCGAAGAGAGGCGGCAUCUUCAUACUUGCUUGCUUGGCUUCCAGAAUCAUCUCUCGGUGAAGCUUAUGAUACAUAUGUUAAGGUUGAUCUCUCCGAUUCCUCCUCACCGCCCCGACAGACCUACCUCGUCCCUCCUCCUCCUACCACUACGAGUCAUAGCAGUGCGAUUGGGACAUAUGCAUUCGCAGUGCCAGUCAGUGAAAUAUAUUCUCUUCUAGUGCGGCCGCCAAGUAUCGGGUGGUGGUUUGGCAGUCUUGUAAUCAAUACACGAGCCGGUGAUAGCUUUCCAGCGCUCUUCUUUCACGACAGUGAAUGCCAGUCUACGAUAUUACAGAAGAAGAAACGUGCACGGGAGACGUUUGAUCCCUUUGAAAAUGAUGGCAGUCUCUUUUGGGGAGGAGACGAAGUGCUUCGAUGGUUAAAGAGAUAUGUGAAUGUUCAGCGAUCUGGUGCCGAGCCCAGCGUCUACCUGAUUGAGCCAACGCUGGAGGAUCAAAAGUCCUUUGUCGAUAAACCGGUCAUGGUUGGGUCACCGAAAGGCGCGUCAGAUGCUGCUGGCAGUGUUACAGCUGGAGGUGCAUCAGGGUCAAGCUCAGCACGUACUUCCGGAGGGAGAGAUGGUGCAAUGGAUCCGGUCACCAAGGCUCUCAAGGAGGCCAGAUGGAGCUUCCUCGAGAAACUCAGUCAAGUCACAACUUUCACGCGGCGCACCGCACAAGCAAUGUCUGAGAACCCAAAAGUGCCUUUACAAGUUCGACGAUUGAUGAAGAAUCCCGAGGUGCAGACACUCCAAGAAGAGUUUGACAGCGCCCGGUUGUACUUGGCACGAUGGGCCAUGGGAAUUGCCGAGCAGAGCGAACGAGACCGCAACCAGCGUGUUUGGGCAGCGAAAGAUGUCAUGGAAAUGGAAGACAGCGCAGUUGGCGAGUUUGAGAUUCUCGAUCUGGAGACAGGUAACCUGUCGUUGAGUGAUCGGAGAAAGCCUGUGACGGUUAAAGAAUGGAAAGGUUUCUUUGAUGCGGAGACGGGCCGGCUGCAAGUUACGCCGGAUGAAGUCAAGGAGAGAGUCUUUCAUGGUGGACUUGACCCAGAUGACGGAGUUCGCAAGGAGGCUUGGCUGUUUCUUCUCGGAGUGUAUGAGUGGGAUAGUUCUGCCGAUGAAAGAAAAGCAAACAUGAACAGUCGCCGUGACGAGUACGUUCGUCUUAAAGGUAGUUGGUGGGAUAGGAUGGCAGAAGCAGGUGGCCCAGGUGAGCAGGGAGAAUGGUGGAGAGAGCAAAAGGCCAGAAUAGAAAAGGACGUUCAUCGAACAGAUAGGAAUAUCCCGCUUUUUGCAGGGGAAGAUAUUCCUCACCCUGAUCCAGAUUCACCUUUUGCAGACUCUGGGACAAAUGUACAUUUGGAGCAGAUGAAAGACAUGUUACUGACAUACAAUGAAUACAACAAAGACCUGGGUUACGUUCAGGGAAUGAGCGACCUGCUUGCGCCCAUUUACGCCGUAAUGCAGGAUGACGCAGUAGCCUUUUGGGGGUUUGUCUCUUUUAUGAAUCGGAUGGAACGCAACUUUCUCAGGGACCAAUCAGGCAUGCGAGCUCAGUUAUUGACUCUGGAUCAUCUCGUUCAGCUCAUGGAUCCGAAACUCUAUCUUCACUUACAAUCUGCAGAUUCGACUAAUUUCUUCUUCUUCUUCCGCAUGCUACUCGUCUGGUACAAGCGAGAGUUUGAGUGGCUGGAUGUUUUGCGGCUAUGGGAAUGCCUUUGGACGGACUACCUGAGCAGCAAUUUUCACCUUUUUGUUGCUCUUUCCAUUCUGGAGAGACACAGAAGUGUGAUAAUGGAUCAUCUCAAACAUUUUGAUGAAGUUUUAAAGUAUAUCAAUGAGUUGUCCAACACCAUUGAUCUUCAGUCCACUCUCAUCCGGGCCGAAGCAUUGUUUCGGCGCUUUCAGAGGACAGUCGAAGCAAUUGACAAGAAAGACAACUUUCCAGCUCCGACCGUCCGUCAACGGCGGCCGAUUUCAUCGACAUCCGCCGACGACUUGGCUUCGGGUACAGCAAGCGGGAACGCUGCUGGGAAAGCACCCGCAAAGGACGCCGCCAAUGACAAGGAACGAGUCAUUAGUCCUGAACUACGGCAACUUCUUAGUCGGGAGGUUCCAAAGUUCAACAAGGACGGUAGUACGGCAUAA